UUGUCACCACGGAGCAGAGGCGUGGCCGCAGGCCAACGCAGUUUCUCUAGAAGACCGUCCAUCGACAGGAUGUCCUUCACACCUUCGUUCAUCGCAAUGUACUCCGCUUCUGUGCUGGAUUGCGCAUUGAUGCCCUGCUUCCGUGAUCCGUACGAGAUGACAUUCCCGUCCAGGUACGUAACGUAG